CGCGCUCAUACCCGAGGCUCGCAUUCAUACAAAGGCUGUCAAGCCAACAACGAGCGGUAGUAUCGCGCGAAUCAAGAAAACUCACCGGCUCUCAGCUGCUACUAGUAUUCAACUAUCAUGACAAAAGGCGAAGGUACAGAAACUGUGAUCGCUUGCAGCAGCGGUGAAUGCACCGGGAAAGAAAAAGAAGACAGUACGAGAUAUCGCAAAUGGGCUCUUUUGGAUCGAAGCCGUCGGCUAAAAGCAAGCGCAAGAGAGCGAAAACGGCGGCAUGUUUUAAACAACGCAUUGGAAUUACUGCGAAAGAAGGUGCCCUGCGUCGACCAGAAUCCCCAGAAGUUAUCAAAGAUUGAAGUGCUACGAUUGGCGAUUGAUUAUAUUGCAAUGCUCAGUUGUUAUCUGAACAACAGCCAGUCUGCAGCUGUGUGCUCUCAGCCCGCGCUCUCCGCAUCUAUAGGAUCGCAAGCUGCUGCCAUGCUCCUAGACCACGGAAAUUCGUUCAACGCAGCUACGGCAGCUUUCUUCAACGGAGUCCCAACUAAGACCGAACCAAAUGCUGCUAUGAUGAUGGACGACUGCUCAAAAAGAGUUGCAGAGCACUAUGGAAUCACAACAACAGAGUUAGACGUUUACCUGCACGGCUAUCAAGAACAGUGAAUACCACAUCUAGGCUUUUAUUAACGAAUUGUAAAAAAAAGACUACCUCGAAAUGUAAAUAUGAACACGCUUUUAUAGAUAUUAAUAUUUUAUACUAAAGAUUGUAAUUUUUGAAAAAAUAAUAUUAUGGAAAUGGUUUUGUUUCUAUGGUGGAAAAAUAUCUUUCUAUUUUGAACAUUUUCGUGAACGCCCAGAACAUUUGAACAAAUAGCGGAUCUUUUUUUCUUAUAAAAUGAUUUCUCACUCUUUCUUUAAUAUUGUACAUAAAACGUAUUAUAGUUUGUAUAAAAGAAAUAAAAUCAAUUAUGAAGAGUUUUUAAA